CGAAGAGAAUGGAAAAUGCUUUGUUUUUUUUUCUUGGGGGGCUUUUAUUAGUGCGUUUUGGCAACACAGAAGAAGAAGAAGUAUCAAAGUAAUGGGACUUUUGAUGCCUUUGGGUCUUUUCAAGAAAGUGAAUAGAGACUAGAAGAAGCAGUUUUUUCUUCCAGCUGUACCCCCUCUGAUUUGAUCCUUCAACUCGACUCAACCCACCAGAGAUUCUACAUACCAAGAUUAGUAGUGUCUAUCAAUAUCAUAACACUGUAUGGAAUGAAAAAAAAAAACUCGCUAGCAAUCGUCUUGAAAUAUAUUUUUACUUGAUACUGUCAUAACUAGCAUUUUUGUUAUAUAUCGGACGGUGGUUAUGUUUUGCAUUCACAUGUUUAUAUUAUAAUCUUUUCAUAUUUGUAAGAUAUAAAACUCACUUCUUCUUCUUUCUUUUUUUUUGGAUUUUAGAUUAAGAGGUAUAUGGAAUUAAAGGGCAUUUGAAAUUAAAGGGGUAUUUGAGAUUAAGAGGUAUAUGGGAUUAAAGGGCAUUUGAGAUUGUGUUCAAAAAAAAAAAAGGGCAUUUGAGAUUAGGGGUAUUUGAGAUUAAGGAUAUUUGAGAUUAAGGGCAUUUUAGAUUAAAUGGUAUAUGAGAUUAAAGGGCAUUUGAGAUUAAAGGGGUAUUUGAAAUUAAGGGUAUUUGAAAUUAAGAACAUUUUAGAUUAAAGGGUAUAUGGGAUUAAAGGGCAUUUAAGAUUAAAGGAGUAUUUGAGAUUAAAGGUAUUUCAGAUCAAGGAAUAUAUGGGAUUAAAAGACAUUUGAGAUUAGGGGUAUUUGAGAUUAAUGAUAUUUUAGAUUAAGGGAUAUUUGAGAUUAAAGGACAUUUGAGAUUAAAUGGGUAUUUGAGAUUAUGGGUAUUUGAGAUUAAUGAUAUUUUAGAUUAAGGGUAUUUGAGAUUAAGGGCAUUUGAGAUUAAGGGGGUGUUUGAGAUUAAGGGUAUUUGAGAUUAAGGGAUAUAUGGGAUCAAAGAGCAUUUGAGAUUAGGGGUAUUUGAGAUUAAGGUUAUUUGAGAUUAAGAGCAUUUUAGAUUAAGGGGUAUAUGGGAUUAAAUGGCAUUUUAGAUUAAAAGGGUAUUUGAGAUUAAGAGUAUUUGAGAUUAAGGGGUAUAUGGGAUUAAAGGGCAUUUGAGAUUAGGGGUAUUUGAGAUUAAGGAUAUUUGAGAUUAAGGGUAUUUUAGAUUAAGAGGUAUAUGGGAUUAAAGGGCAUUUGAGAUUAAAGGGGUAUUUGAGAUUAGGGGUAUUUGAGAUUAAGGAUAUUUUAGAUUAAGAAAAAUUUGAUAUUAAAGGGCAUUUGAGAUUAAAGGGAUAUUUGAGAUUAAAGGGUAUAUGAGAUUAAAGGGCAUUUGAGAUUAGGAGUAUUUGAGAUUAAGGGUAUUUGAGAUUAAGGGGUAUAUGGGAUUAAACGGCAUUUGAGAUUAAGGGUAUUUUAGAUUAAGGGGUAUUUGAGAUUAAAUGUUUUUUUAGAUUAAAGAUAUUUGAGAUUAAGGGGGUAUAUGAGAUCAAAGGGUAUAUAGGAUUAAGGGUUAUUUGAGAUUAGGGGCACAUGGGAUUAAGGGGUAUUUGAAAUUAAAAGGUAUAUAGGAUUAAAGGGUAUUUAAGAUUAAGGGGAUAUAUGAAUUAAGAUGAAACAUAGGAUUAUGGGGUAUUUGAGAUUAGGGAUAUAUUAGAUUUAGAAUAUUUCAAAUCUCAAAUACCCCUUUAAUUUCAAAUGCCUUUUAAUCUCAAAAAUAUUCCUUAAUCUAAAAUAUCAUUAAUCUCAAAUACUCAUAAUCUCAAAUGCCUUUUCAUCUCAUAUACCCCUUGAGCUCAAAUACCCUUAAUCUCAAAUACCUUUUUAAUCUAAAAUGCCCUUUAAUCUCAUAUACCCCUUAAUCUAAAAUGCUCUUAAUUUCAAAUACCCUUAAUCUCAAUUACCCCUUUAAUCUCAAAUGCCCUUUAAUCCCAUAUACCCCUUAAUCUAAAAUGCCCUUGAUCUCAAAUACCCUUAAUCUCAAAUACCCCUAAUCUCAAAUGCCCUUUAGUCUCCAUAUUACCUCUUAAUCUCAAAUACCCUUAAUCUCAAAUGUCCUUUAAUCCCAUAUACCCCUUAAUCUAAAAUGCCCUUAAUCUAAAAUACCCUUGAAAAUACCAAUAUAAAACUCACUUAUUUCAAUAAUUGAGACGAUAAUUUUUUUAAAUUUUUAUUUUUAAAGAGAAGGAAAAUAGUAUUGCAGAAGAAAUUGACAUAAAAAGUGGGUGGGAGACAAGACAAACGUAUUAGGGAUGGAUAUAUAGUUGUGUGAAGUGAGACCAUUACAUUAGAUCAACCGACCAUUCGUAUUGUUGGCAUAUCAAUUCGUUGAAAGGAUCUAUUUCUUCAUUAUUACUUCCAAUUAGUUUUUGCAUGCUUACUCCAAAACUUUUAAUACUAAUGUUUAACCAAUAUUUUGAACCGUAUAUACUAAUCUUUAUAGGAGUAUUAUUUUAUUUCUGUAAGAUGUCAUUUUUAACAGUGCACAUUACAAGAGUGACAUCAGGAAAUGAAAUCAAUCGAUGGAUGUGAUUUUCCUUAACAAGAUUGGAACCCAAUGCUCUUGGGAUGAGUUUAGGAAUCCACUGCUAGUUUUUAGUUUGUUUUUGAAAUGAAAUACAUAUAUUUCAAAUCAGAUGAUUUGAUUACAAUUAUGAAAAAAAAAUGGUAGGAUUAAAAAAGAUGGAACUUAAAAGUGGGAAUAUUCAUGGGCCGACCAUUUGAAUUUACGCACGGACAUGUUUAAAGUACUUACUAGUCUCGAAUAAUACAUGGGCUCAGGCCCAUUUAACAUUAUUGGAGCUCUGUUUGGUAUUUUUCUUCGAAAUUGGCAGGGGCAUAAAACACGAGAAACAACAACUGUUUUUGUUCUCUGUUGUCUGAUCUCAAGCAGAGUAUCUUCCAGUUGGGGUCUAAGCUUGAAAUUUAUUAAUUUGCUGGCUGCUACAGAUAUCAAUAAGCUGCCUGUAUAUCGUGUGGAAAUUGGGCGGGGGUAUAUCGAUUAAGUCUGGUGAUUUUUUUUUUGUUGCCCAUAAGGUGUUUGAUAGAAUGCCUACGAGACAAACUCCUUGUGGUUUAACUUAUCUCUGAUUUCUCAUUUUCUUCUUAUUAUUUCGAAGAAGAGAUGGGAAAAGCUUCUCGGGACAAAAGAGAUAUAUACUAUAGAAAAGCCAAAGAAGAAGGAUGGCGUGCGAGAAGUGCGUUUAAGCUUCUUCAGAUUGAUGAGGAAUUCAACAUUUUCCAAGGUGUGAAGAGAGUUGUAGAUUUAUGUGCUGCACCUGGUAGCUGGAGUCAGGUUUUGAGUCGUCAAUUGUAUCUUCCAGCAAAGUCCUCAGCUGAGUCAAAAGAAGGAGAUGUUCCUCUUAUAGUGGCCAUAGAUUUGCAGCCUAUGUCUCCAAUCGAAGGUGUCAUCCAGGUUCAAGGGGACAUUACUAAUGCUCGUACUGCCCAACUCGUUAUUAUACACUUUGACGGUAGCAAAGCAGACUUGGUUGUUUGUGAUGGUGCUCCAGAUGUUACCGGUUUGCAUGACAUGGAUGAAUUUGUCCAGUCCCAGCUCAUACUAGCUGGCUUAACAAUUGUAACACAUGUUCUUAAAGAAGGUGGGAAAUUCAUUGCGAAGAUAUUCCGCGGAAAAGAUACAAGUCUCUUGUAUUCUCAGCUCAAGUUGUUUUUCCCAACUGUAACCUUUGCAAAACCGAAAAGCAGCCGCAAUUCUAGCAUAGAGGCUUUUGCAGUCUGCGAAAAUUACUCUCCACCAGAAGGAUUUCACCCAAGAGAUCUGCAUCGUCUAUUGGAGAAAGUGGGCAGUCCUUCAGGUGGAAGCCAUCUCGAUUGCAGUAGUGGUUGGCUUGAAGGACCCAACAAAGUUUAUAUUCCAUUCUUGGCAUGUGGUGACUUAACCGGUUAUGACUCAGACCGGUCUUACCCACACCCAAAAGAAGCAGAUGGAUCGUCAUACCAGAGUAUGGACCCGGUUCAGCCUCCGAUCGCACCACCUUACAAACGAGCACUAGAGCUCAAGAAAGCUUCAGCACAAAGCAUCCGAGACGCAUGAGUUUCAAGUCUUUUACAUCACAAAUUUUUUUUGGAGCUUUUGAAUCGACCGGAACCUGAGUUGGGUGGGUCACACAUAUUUUAGCAAGACCAGGCAGAGAUGGAGUUUGAUCUAGACAGAGACGAAGAAGAGUGUAAGAACUCGAUGCAGUCCUCAAUAGCUUCUGCACGGUGAGACUCUGACUCGUUGACAGAUUUUGACUUCACCAGAUAAAUCGACGAUGAAGAGGAACAAG